AUGGAGGAUUAUCUGCUAAGCAAAAAUAUCCUAACAAAAAUUGAUAAUUGGCUUCUAGCAGUAAUUGAACCAAAUAAUAAAGCAUUUGAGCAAACAUAUAAAUCGAUAGAACCUGAUUUUGGCCAUACCAGGGAUAAAGUAAUGAAAAUAGUACUUGAUGCAGUAAAUGAAUAUUCGAGUUGUGUAAUCAGAUCAAACCAAACAAAGAUUAUUAUGAUAACUGGGCCCUUGUCACUGAAUAAAAUGAACGAAAAAUGGGAAAAGGACUUUACGUUCAACGGUUUAGUUAAUGAAUAUAAGGUAUUUUGAAAUUUAUUGUAAUAUAG